AUGUCGCGCCCAGCCAUUAACCACAACAUCUCGUUCGACGAGAGCAACAUACAGCAGCAGCCCCGCCGCCAGCAGGCUCCCCAGCCGGGACAGUAUGCGCCCAACCAACAGCAGCAGUCUCAGCGCCAACAGGGGCCUCCAGUUCCUCGGAAGGGCUCCGUUGCAAAGAGCGAUGGAGCCACUACAUACACGCAGAAUGUCCCCACGCUUGGCUACGAGGAGGCAGGCUAUGGUGCUGGCUUUUCCGGUGCCGCAGGUGCCGGUGCCGACGUCAGGAGGAAGAAGAGCAUGGUUCGCCCCGAGCGCGAGCGCAUCGAGCCUGGACAUCGCCACUACCACUACCGCGAGCACGCGGCCGACGACAACAUUCCUGUCCAGCCCAGUGCUACUGGUAACCAGCCGUACGCACCAGGACGCGCCGAGUCUUCGGGCCUGCGCCGCGGCAAGUCGGUGCUGGGACGUGACGACGAUGAACACCACCACAACGAAUCCGGUUUGAACCUGUUCAAGCGUGGCGCAACCAUCCGCCGCAAGGCAUCGCGUGCCGCGCCUCGACCUGUCACCGCCGCUGCACCCGUGGAGCCUACCAAGCCCCGCGGCUGCUGUGCCGGUAUCGCUCCCGGCCCAGUGGACGGUUGGAUGAUCUACUGCUUUGUCAUGACCUGCUGGAUUCCCAACUUUAUCAUCUCGGGUGUCUUUGGCAAGAAGACUCCCGAAGCCCAGCGCGCAUGGAGGGAGAAGAUGGGUAUCGUCUUUAUCUGUGCCUUCUUCAUGGCCAUUGUCGGUUUUAUCACUUUCGGUUUCACCCAGACUGUCUGCGGUGAGCAAGGUCUUCGCAUCAAGGGCGGCAACGUCGACAGCGGCUCUGUCGUUAUCAACGGUUACGACUAUGACUUUUCCAACUGGUCGCACCCUGCAGCCGGCAGCGAGUUCAACGGCUCCACCAACCCCAUCUGGAUGGACGGCUGGAUGGCCGGUGGCAAGGACAUUUCGUUCAUGUUCCAGGUCAACGUCAACAAGAACUGCUAUGGCCUGAUCACUGCUGCCAACACGACUUCCAUCACCACCAGCGGUGACCAGCUCGCCUGGUAUUUCCCUUGCAACAUGCACUCGCAAGACUCUGCCCUCCCGGUCAACCAGACUGGCUACGAGUCGUCCACCAACUGCCACGCCACCGACACUGCCCGUACGGAUUUCGCCGCGGAAUCAGCCGCCGGUAUCGUCUACUACACUUGGGCCCAGGUCGCCAACUCGUCCAGGAAUCUUGCGGUCUACAAGGGCUCGGUCAUUGACCUGGGGCUCCUGCAGUGGUUGAACACGGACCAGGUCACCUACCCGGCGCUUUUCGACACGAUGAAGUCGGGCAACGAGACCUUCCAGGGCCGCGACAUUUCGGCGAUCAUGACCCGUUCUGGAUGGGAAAAGGAGGCCUCGUGUCUCGUCGACGUUGUCCGCGUCGGUUUCGUCGACUCGAUCACCAUUGGCUGUGUCGCCUCGGACAUUGUCCUGUACGUCUCGCUCGUCUUCAUUCUCGGUGCUGUCGGCAUCAAGUUUGUCAUGGCGCUCUACUUUGGCUGGUUCCUCAGCUGGCGCAUGGGCAACUUUGAGGGCGAGAGCUACCAGGAGCGCAUGAAGCGUGCCGAGGAGAUUGAAAACUGGACAGACGACAUUUACAAGGCUGCUCCGGGCUACCUCCGUCCCAACGCCAGAGACUCCCAGUUCCGCAGCACUGCCCCGAGCAGGAAGGGUCAUUUCCUCCCCACGCAGUCGCGUUUCUCAAAGGCCGACACGAUGAUGGUCAGCCAGUCGCGCCCCACCACCGCUUACGGCCAGGGCAGCCUCGACGUGCCCCGCCGCCAGACCUCGAGCGUUUACGGUCGCACCAACAACCUCCGUGCUCGCGACACUCCCCCAGGCUCGCCCAUGCUUCGUGGUUCGCGCUCGUCGACCUCGCUGCCCUUCCGUGACGACUCGAUCUACGCCAACGACUCUGGCUGCCCCUGGCCUCUCACCAACGUCGUCCCGCAGCCUGCUCCCGACUUUGAGCCGUUCGGCUACCCCUUGGUCCAUUCGCUCUGUCUUGUUACUGCCUACUCCGAGUCGAUCGAGGGUCUGCGCACCACCCUCGACUCGAUUGCGACCACCGACUACCCCAACUCUCACAAGCUCAUUCUCGUUGUUUGUGACGGUAUGGUCCGUGGUUCUGGUUCCAAGGAGUUUACGCCCGACAUUGUGCUUAGCAUGAUGAAGGAGCUGGUCGUUCCCGAGUCCGAGGUCGAGGCCCACUCGUACGUUGCCAUUGCCGACGGCCACAAGCGCCACAACAUGGCCAAGGUCUAUGCCGGUUUCUAUGCCUACGACAACGACACUGUCGAGCCCUCCAAGCAGCAGCGCGUCCCCAUGGUCCUCGUCGCCAAGACUGGUAACCCCCUCGAGCGCAACGAUGCCAAGCCCGGUAACCGUGGAAAGCGUGACUCGCAGAUCACCAUGAUGGGCUUUUUGCAAAAGGUCAUGUUCGACGAGCGUAUGACCACGUUCGAGUACGAGUUCUUCAACGCCAUCUGGCGCUGCGCUGGUGUCACUGCCGACAAGUACGAGACGGUUCUCUGUGUCGACGCAGACACAAAGGUCUUCCCCGACUCGCUCUCGCGCAUGAACGCCUGCCUGGUCAACGACACUGAGAUUAUGGGUCUUUGCGGUGAGACCAAGAUUGCCAACAAGCGCGAGACUUGGGUCACCAUGAUCCAGGUCUUUGAGUACUACAUCUCGCACCACUCGACCAAGGCGUUUGAAUCCGUCUUUGGUGGUGUCACCUGUCUGCCCGGUUGUUUCUCAAUGUACCGCAUCAAGGCUCCCAAGGGCGCCACUGGCUACUGGGUCCCCAUCCUCGCCAACCCGGACAUUGUCGAGCACUACUCGGAGAACGUUGUCGACACGCUUCACAAGAAGAACCUGCUGCUUCUCGGCGAGGACCGUUACCUCUCGACGCUGAUGCUCAAGACGUUCCCCAAGCGCAAGAUGGUCUUCUGUCCCCAGGCCGUGUGCAAGACCGUUGUCCCCGACACGUUCAGGAUUCUGCUGUCGCAGCGUCGUCGCUGGAUCAACUCGACCAUUCACAACCUGUUCGAGCUCAUGCUCGUCCGCGACCUGUGUGGUACAUUCUGCUUCUCCAUGCAGUUUGUCGUCUUUAUGGACCUGAUCGGUACCCUCGUUCUUCCCGCCGCCAUCUCGUUCACCCUCUACAUUAUCAUCAUCUCGAUCAUUCCUCAGAGCGUCACCGGCACCCCGACCCCUGUCCUGUCGCUCAUUCUGCUCGCCUUUAUCCUUGGUCUGCCCGGUGUCCUCAUCGUGGUCACCAGUCGCAAGGUUGUCUACGUCGGCUGGAUGUGCAUCUACCUCCUCUCGCUUCCCGUCUGGAACUUGAUCCUCCCUGCCUACUCGUUCUGGCACAUGGACGACUUCUCAUGGGGUGAGACGCGUAAGAUUGAGGGCGAGGCCAAGACCGCCGAGAGCCACGGUGACAAGGAGGGCACGUUCGACUCGAGCCACAUUGUCAUGAAGCGCUGGAUCGAGUUUGAGCGCGAACGUCGUUGGCGCGAGGGUACCAUGUCGCGCGACUCAUACACGGACAUUAUCCUGCGCGAAAACUCCCCCGCCAACGGACGCAGCAACAACCGCUACUCGUACGUCUCCACCAGCGAGACCUAUGGCAGCGGCCUCAACAUGGGCGACUCGCGCCAGUACCAGAGCACCGAGAGCGACCAGCCCGAGGGCAGUUACCUCGCCCCCUCGGAGUCUGGCUACUCGACCAACGGCACCGGCCCCAGCCGCUCGCCCAUCGCGGGUUCGUCGUCAAACUACCGCGGAUACAGUAGGGACGAGGAACAGCCCAUGCUCCAGUCCUCGCCAUCCAACCAGACCGGCUACGAGCUCGACGAGCACUACGUCACCCCCUCGAGAUCGAGCCGACAGUCCCAGCCUCCACCCACUUCCCGCGGCGUCGCCCUCGUGGACCCCGGGUACAUUGCGCAGGGCGCACAAGACCCCGUCCGCCGCGUCGCCCGCAACUCGCACCAGCGUAGGACCAGCUCGGGCCGCCACGCCGUCGUGUCCCCUACAACGAGCAGCAGCCACGCAUCGAGCUUGCCCCCCGGUGCGGCGCCUGCUCGAAUCUAA